GGGAAUUCGUCAAAACAUGAGGCACUAGGAAAUGAUUGGUUAAAAACAGGUAACUGCCCAAUUGCCAAGUCCUAUAGAGCUGUGAGCUCUGUUUUACCACUUGUUGCUACAUCACUUCAGCCACCCGCUGGCAUGAAGCUCAAAUGUCCUCCAGCAGUAGUUGCUGCAAGGGCAGCCCUCGCUCGCACCACCUUUAUUAAAAACCUACGGCCUCAGCCCCUACCUGCAAAAAUGCUUGUUAUUGCAGCCUUGGGUAUGGCAGCCAACAUUCCAUUAGGCAUGUGGAAGGAGCACACCACUAAAUUUUCCCUCUCAUGGUUUGCCGCUGUGCCCUUCAUAGCCAUGCUUAGGAAAUCAGUCCUGAUCCCAAAAACAGCCAUGGCAUUGACAAUUGCCGCGUCUAUAUUAGAACAGGUCAUAGGUUCAAGAACUGAGCGGGUUUGGAUGAAAGCAGUGACCGAGAGAUUGAGGGAGCCAGCACAGACGGCAGUUGAAAGUGCCAUUGCUGACUCUAGAUCAAGCCCGGUUGAUGGAGUAACAGGCGGUCAUUGUGGUGCAGAAGAAAAGAUGUUCAAUUCUCAAGGUGUCCAGGGUGCUAGGCCAACUUCAGCUAAUAUAUGCUUUUAACUUCAGUGCAUGAGGCGAAGGUGAAUUACAAGGGUGAAGAUUAUAGAAAAAUUGUGUGCAACUCUUAUAUUCUGUGAAUUGUUAUUAUGUCUUAU